AUGUGGCUGCUGGCGCUGCUGCUGGUUGCCGGGCUAGUGGUGUUCCUCACGCUCCUCACGCUCUGGCUGUACUACGAAAAGAGGUUCGACUACGACGCGGGUAAGCGGAACAAGACCAUCGACCAGCUGCCCGGGUCCAACCUCGUCACCCGCACCAAGGUGGUGCUCAUCGGGACGAUGCCCGGCACGCCCCUCGAGGAGCGUCCGGCGUGGCGGUUGGCGCAGGCGCUCAAGGUGCCCUACCUGGAGCUGUCCAACGUCAACAUCUUCUUCGACGAAGAAGAAGAGGAUAAGGAGGAGAAGGAGGAGGGCGAAGGGAAGGGGAAGGGGUCCGAAGAAGGCGCGGUGCGGCGGCCGCGCGACUGGCGCAAGGAGGCCGAGAUCAAGCAGCGCUUCCCGAGCCGCGUCGGGGACAUGGUCCGCCGCUUCUUCAGCAAGAACAAGUACAACGGCUACGUCAUCGACAUGACCCUCGAUCGGUGGGAGACGUAUGAUGCGCUGUUCGAGGAGGCGAGGGACAUCGUGUGGCUGGACCUGAGCCUGGCCGACUACGUGAAGGCGCUGCUGUGGCGGGUGGUGCAGUCGACGCUGCUGCAUCGCUCGCGGCCCAUGUUCCGGGAGGACGCCGAGCGCGGGCGGCUGGGCUACACGCGGUACUGGUACAGCUGGGCCAACCUCGCGUGCCUGUGGGACGCCAACCGGUCCCUCCUGGCCAAGACCAUCUCCGUCCACUACAAGAACCAGCACGUGGCCCCGUUCCUCCUCGACCACAACGGCCAGAUCGAGUGCUGGCCCCUCCACUCGCUCGCCGAGUUCGAGACCCUCCUCCACGCUGCCGAGGCCGAGAAGAAAAAGGCCCUCUGA